AAAGAAUUAAUAAUGAAGUAAGAUUAAAGAAAACCCCCAGAAGGCCAGAACUAAGAAGAAGAACGAACAGAGAAAUUGCGGAGGGAAAGUAAACAUAACGGUUAAAACGUAAGAACUGAAAAUUUUGAAUCCUUCCCCCAUUUCUUUCUAAAUCUCUUCCCUCCAAUCGAAUUCCGCUUUCCAUAUACCCAAAUUUAUCUGAGUUUUUGAGCCCAUUCCAUCAUCAGAUUUCUCCCUUCACUUUCCUUCUCCGAGUUUUCUGUAUAGCAGAAAUUCAAGAAUCCCCCCUUUCUGAUUCUGAUUCGCUCCGAGUAAUCAACUGGGUUCUGGUAUAUGGUUUUCUUGUUUGAUUCCGGUGUGCCCAAGAACUGAAUUUCUUCCUCAGUUAGAUCAAUUUCGAUCCACUUUCUUCUGGGUUCCUUCCAUUGAUGUCUGAUGAUAAAGGGUUCAGAGUAUUUCAAACUCAUCGAGUUCCCGAGUCAAUUUGAGGGGGAAAAGAAGGUUUUUUCUUGUCAGUUUUCUUGAAAGAAACAAUCUUCAUCGAGGUAAACAAUUUAGGAAUCGGUCAAUUUUUAUAGCGAUUUAGAAACCCUUUCCGGGGCUUCCUUCUCUCUGUUAUCUUGGAGGAAUUUUCAAGUUUUCUUCGAAGGGUUUUUAACUUUUGUAAAGAAAGAUGAGUACUGUUGGGUGUCGGUUCUUGCCUACUGAAGAAGAGUUGGUUUCGUAUUAUCUGAAGAAGAUGAUUUUAGGACAGCAAUUCAUGAAAGAGGAAGAGGAACUUUUUGUUGUGAAAGAUCUGUAUGGGGAUGAAGCCACCCCAUGGAAAUUACUAUCUGAUGAUCUUCCAUGGCAGAAGGUGGUGAAUUCAUGGAAUAAAGUCGUGGUGUCCCAGGAAAUUCUGUAUGUUUUCUCUGUUCUCUCCAAUGCCGGGAAGAAAACUGGCAAGAACUGCAAGAAGAAAAUUAGAAAGGCGGGUUGCGGUACAUGGUGUUCUAAUUCCACCAAGCCAAUAAUGGACAGUUCAGGAAGGAAAAUUGGAGAAAGUAGGCAAUUCACUUUUGAAUCCCCUGAACAAACUGUUGGGCACUGGAUCAUGACUGAAUACUCUAUUGAUGCUGCUGCAUUUGGCCUUCCAGAAGUGGGGGAAAUCAAUUAUUCUGAUUAUGUUCUUUGCAGAAUCAAAAGGGAUGAUUCCAUAUCUUCCAAGGGGGGAAUCAUUGACAAAUGGAAGAGGAGAAAUGAUGAUAUGCUGGCUGAUGGAGAAGGACUGACUUUCAGGAAGAAGAUGAAAUCAUUAAGCAGCUGUGAAGAUUUGAGUGUGGUUACUUGUUGUGAUGAUAAUGGUGCAAUAAAUGUGUAUAAUGAAAAGGGGGCUUGGAUUUCUGGUGAUAAUGGUUUGCCUUUUCUGAAAAAAUGAGGUGGAUCCUGCUGGUGUGGCUGAUGCUGGUGCCUCCACAUGUUGGAAUAUUCCUGUUGAUGAAGCUUUCUGUUUUGAUUCAAAACUUCAGAACUUCGAAAUUUGAUUCUUUCCAGAAAGAGAUGAUGGUGCAUUUUUGUUAAUCUUGAUAUGUCUGGCUUCCAAUCCAUUGAUCUUAGUCUUAGACAACUUGUGAAGUUUUUGAACAGAAUUAUCCUAGAGUGUAUGUCAGGGUUACUGAGGAGUUGAUCCAUGACUUUGUUUUGAUUUGUAAUGCAUGCUAGACAAAUUUUAGAAUUGCUGCUUUGCCGCAGACUCAUAUGUUAGAGUAGAAUGAGCAGUGCAUAGUUAGUGUUGUGCAUUUUGUAGUGGUCAGAAAUUCUUCUAAGUGUUAAUAUGAGUUCGCCCCUUCAUUUUUGGGUCUUUCCGGACUAUUCAAAUUAGAUUUGAGAUUUGAUUUUUACAUUGAUCGCAUUAUUCUAUGUUUAUGUUAAAUUCGAUUGUCUUUGCACAAGUACUAUAGAAAUAUGUAGGGGUGAGAAAAAAGCUGUCAAGGUCUUAUACAAUCGAUCUUGCUGUGGCUCCUAGAUAUUUUUGAGAGCUGGUUUUCCAGCUUAGGAGAAGGUUCCAAAAGUUAAGACCUCCUGGUACAUGAUUAUUGAAGGCUUACUGUCGUAAAAUCAAUAGAGGUUUCACUUUCGUUGGGC